AUGAGUGAUAAAACGAAUGCCUGGCAACACGAAGGUGAUGGAAUGGGACCAUCAGUUACACGCACAGGUAGCGCCGUAAUAUCCACACCAACGUUGAAAAAUGGGAGUGAUAUACGGGAAUCUGGAUACUUGAUAGCUGUCGGUUCCAGGACUGCCAGAUUCAGAAGAAAACACAAAAACAAAAUGAUGAUUGCUUUUCUAUUUAUUUGUCUAUUACUUCUACUAUGCCUUUUUAUAACAAUGACUGUUUUAUAUGUCAAGCAAAAGCGCCACAGACCAGCAAUAGUUUGCGAAAGUAAAGAAUGUCUACGUUCAGCUGCCAAUUUAGCAUUGUCGAUGGAUAGAAGUGCUGAUCCCUGCUAUGAUUUUUAUCAGUACGUGUGCGGAAACUGGGCUGAAGAGCACCCUCGACCAGACGCAUACCACUCCUACGACUGGUUCCGAGACAAGCAAACCAAAGUGUACACAGUAGUACGAGACUUCCUAAGUAGAAAUACCAGCCUUCAGCCAAAACCCGUGCAACAAGCUAAGGAUCUUUAUACAUCUUGUAUGGACACAGAAACCUUAGAUAAACGCGGUCUGAAACCAAUUAUAGAAAUAUUGGAACAAUUAGGGCUACCCUCAUAUCCGACCUUUUUGAACAUAACGGAGGUCGAUUACACUAAUUUCACAUUUGACUGGAUCGAAAGCGUAAUGCAAAUAAAGACACAACUCAGUAUGGAUGUGCUCAUAGGUUUCGAUAUCGUAACAGAUCCAAAGAAUUCAUCAGUUUAUAGACUUAUAAUGGGGUCUCCCGAAACCACGAAUCCAUUUCCAAGCAUGUUAAAUGAAAACAAACGUAAACACAGAUUUAAGAGGGAAAAUAUUAUAGAAAGUAAUUUAAUAAACGCGAGACACGCACACAAAAUCGAUGAAGACCAAGAAGCAGAAGUAUAUAAAAUGUUUUACGCACAUCUUAUAAAAUUGUUCCUUCUUGAAGAUGAUGUAAAAUCAAAUUUUACUGAAGCGGAACUGGAUCAACUUAUUGUUCACACUGCUGAUACAUUUUAUUCUAUGAGUGUGGAUAUGUAUGAGCUUGAAUCAGAUAACAGUACAGAUGUAGAGGAAUUAUAUCUACAUAUUCCUGACUAUACCGUUGAUGAUGUUCAAAAAUAUACAGACUCUAUAGUCGAAAUGAAUAACGGAACGUCUUUACCAAUUUGGAGGAGGUAUAUCGAAGGAGUAUUUGAUAUAAGUGAUGUUAAACUAGAUUUUGGGAACGAGAAAAUAUUGAUAUCAGAACCGGAUUUAAAAUAUAUGUCUCUUAUGGCUGCAUACCUUUCGAAAAUGCCUCCCGUUCUGAUUGAACUCUUCGUUUGGAUGAAGGUCGUAGAAGUAAUGGCAGUGCACACUAGCUCAGAGCUUCGAGCUUUAUAUGAACGAGCUUCCGAAGAGCUUCAGUCUGGACACAUGACAUUGUCACGCAGCCUCCACUGCGCAAACGCUGUUAACGACUUGCUUGGGAUGGCAGUUUCUUAUGCGAUUGUUAAUCAGAAUUUUUUUAACAAUACUAAACCAAAGAUUGAAACAAUGUUAAACGAGUUAAAAAAUGCCCUAGCGCAUUUAGUCGGAGUUGCCAAAUGGAUGGAUGAUGAUACUAAACUGGCAACAUAUAAAAAGAUAGUUGAAAUGAAAACCCUUGUAGGUUUCCCGGAUUGGUUACUUGAAGAUGGACGUUUAGAAGAAUACUACAAAGGGAUUGAUGUGAACACGAAACAUUACUUAGAAAAUCUAGUAAAUAUUGUUCAAUGUAAACUGAAGAAUGCUUUAAAUAAAUUUCGUAUCGGAAAUAAUUACACGUGGGCAACUGAUCCAACAGAAGUGAACGCGUACCAUACCUAUCAAGAAAAUACUAUAACUGUGCCUUUGGUGAUGUUGCAAUAUCCUUUCUUCGAUUUAGGGCUUGACUCCUUAAACUAUGGCUCCUUAGGUGCUGUUCUAGGACACGAAAUAACUCAUGGAUUUGACAACUUUGGUCGCCAAUUUGAUAAAAACGGUAACCUGAUACCAUGGUGGUCGAAUGACACAAUUAGAUCAUUUGUCAACAUGACACAGUGCUUCGUGGAUCAGUAUUCUUCAUUCUACAUUCCUCAAAUUGGGAAACAUGUCGAUGGUAAAAAGACACUCGGCGAGAAUAUAGCAGAUAACGGUGGCGUGAAAGAGGCGUAUGCAGCUUUAAAAGCACAUUUGAGAAAAACCAGCCCCGAAUUAAAACUACCUGGAUUUGAAUAUUUCACUUCAGAGCAACUCUUCUUCCUGUCCUAUGGCAAUCUCUGGUGCGGAGUAACUACAAUAGAAGCUUUAAAAGCAGACAUGGAAGAUGAGCAUGCGCCGCAGCAUUUACGCGCCCGAGGAGCUUUACAGAACAACCCAGAUUUUGCCAAGACAUUUCAUUGUCCCCCUGGCUCUCCGAUGAAUCCUAACAAACGAUGUAUCAUCUUUUAG